ACGGUCACAGCCAGGCGCAGCCGGGACCCGGACAUUUACAGGCCAGUGAAUGUAAGGAAUCCUUUAGCCAGCGCUGCGAGGGACACGUGUGUUGUCUGCAGUCGCUGGUAACCGCUUCGUGUGGUGGUGGAUUGGAUCAGAACGAGGCUGAGGAGCCGUCACCCUCAGCCUGGGACCGCUGAAGUUUUUGUGUGCUCUUGGGAAGCAUGCCUGGAUGAAAGAGGAGUCCAGAGAAAGGGAAGAUAAGACAGGAGUGCACCAGCACAAGAACAUAACUUUGAAAACAACCGAGUUUUCUUGAACUGUAUACCUUCAGAAGGGAGGAGGAUGAUCCUGUCUCUGCCCACCCUGACUGUCCUCAUCCCGCUCAUCUCCCUGGCGGGCCUGUUCUACUCCGCCUCUGUGGAAGAAAACUUCCCAGAGGGCUGUACCAGCGCCAGCAGCCUGUGCUUCUACAGUUUGCUUCUGCCGGUCACCGUACCGGUGUACGUGUUCUUCCACCUGUGGACUUGGAUGGGCCUGAAGCUCUUCAGACAUAACUAGGGUAGCUGAGGCCCCGCUUGUGCACGGGGCAAGAGGCUCCUGGUUGUUGGGUUCUGCCCUCAGGUGUUGCAGAUUCUCCUGUUAGUGCUGUAGCUGAAAAACACUUACAAUAAAUAUGUCCCAAGGGAGAGGAACAUGACCGGUCUUCAUCCGAAGACUGUUUUUUCUAAGAUUUAUUCUUAAUUAUGUGGAUAUGAGUGUGGGUCCCCAAAGAGGCCACACGAGGGUUGGAGGUACGAGCAACUGUAAGACUGCCGGAGCUUUACUCAGAUCCUCUGCAAGGGCAAGCAAGUUCAUGUCCUUAACCCCUGAGCAUCUCUCCACCUGCCUGUUUCCUCCCUUCCCUUAGUUCUGGCUAACCUCAAACUGUGAGAGGCAGACCUUGACCUCCUUACCUUCCUGUCUCUACCUCCUGAGUGCUGAAGUUAUAGGCAAGCAUUGCCGCAUGUGUUUAUGUGGUCUGGCAGAACCCAGGUCGUGAACGCUAAGUCGGCACUCUGCCAGCCAACCACCCUGAGGACUGUGUUGUUGUUGUUGUUGUUUUGAGUCCAUUCAUUUAAAAGUCCGUCAUUUGGAAGCCGAGCAGUGGUGGCACUCACCUUUACUCCCAGCACUCGGGAGACAGAGGUGGAUCUCUUGAGUUUGGGCCAGCACAACGAGACUGUAAAAAUAAUAAUUUGGGAUUUUGUUUCAGCUUCAAGGUCAGUGGUGAGGUGUUGGAUCUGCUGAGACAAGGGUUUCAGAUGGUUGGGAACUACUGUGUGGGUGCUGAAGAAAAUCCAGUGCUCAGGGAUGACUCCUUUGAGGAGCUGAGUGGUCCGUAGGUUGGUGGCUCACAACUGCCUGUAUUUCCAGUUCCAGAGGCUCUGACUCCCUCUGCUGGACUCUGGGUACCUGCACACCUGUGACAUGUCUAUUCAUUCACACACAUUAAUAAAUUUAUUUUUAAGAGGGAAAAAAA